AUGUGGGGGCUGCUCGUGCUUUUUCCUGUGCUGCUCAGUGCAAGGCCCUGCCCUGGAGGAGAGUGUGUCAAGGAGCACCUCUUGCUGCAGCAGAAGCACGGAGUGCAGAAGGUCCAUGCACAGCACAAGGCCAUGGACGCAGUCAAGGUGCACAAAGAGGCAUCCAUCGUGGAGGCCCAUGGCCGCCUAGGUGUGAUCGGCAACAAGGUUGUGGAUGAGCACGGGCUGCCAAUUCGCCUUCGGGGCAUGUCCCUCUUUUGGUCUCAGUGGAAGCCGCAGUUCUGGACGUCAGGAACCGUCCAGUGGUUGAAGGAGGAUUGGGGCAUCACCCUGCUGCGCUGCCCGAUGGCGGUUGAGGCGGGUGGCUACCUGACCGACCCGGAGACCGAGGUGGCCAAGUUGGAGGCUGUGGUUGAUGCAGCUAUUGCUGCUGGUAUCUAUGUCAUCAUUGACUGGCACGACCACAAUGCCAAUAACCAUACGGAGGCGGCCAAGGGGUUCUUCACGCAGAUGUCGCAAAAGUACGGGCAAUAUCCAAACGUCAUGUUCGAGAUUUUCAACGAGCCGAUCUUCCAAAACUGGACCGAGACAAUCAAGCCGUACCAUGAAGAGGUGGUGGAGGUGAUCCGGCAAAACUCGAACAACCUCAUCAUCAUGGGCACUCGAGUUUGGUCUCAGGACGUGGAUGGUGCUGCCGAAGACCCUGUAGAGGGCGUGAACCUCGCCUACACCAUCCAUUUCUAUGCCAACACACACAAGCAGGAGCUGCGUGAGAAGGUGGUCAAGGCCCUGGAGGCAGGCAUCGCCAUCUUUGCGACCGAGUGGGGAACCUGCGAUGCCAGCGGAGACGGCACACUGAACCUCGAAGAGACAACGACUUGGCUGGACUUCUUCGCUGCUCACAACAUCUCGGAUGCAAAUUGGGCCGUGAGCGACAAGCAGGAGGCAUGCUCUGCACUCCUCCCAGGUGCUGACGGAGCAGGUCAUUGGGAGGAUUGUGAGCUCACAGAGUCGGGCCACUUCGUGAGGGCUUCAUUGCGAGGGGAGACCAUGCCGGCCACUCUUCCAACUCCCUGCCCGAGGCUGACCACGCCUCCACCCGGCCAGUGCGCAACAUCUACGGAAAACUGCGCUGAGAAGAGGUGCUGUGAGGACAUCGGUAGCAAGUGCUACCAGAAGAACGAGUAUUGGGCAUCCUGCAAGGCGAGCUGCACACCAGGUGUGGACCCCAGUGAUCCGCCCGAGUACGCCUCGCCCUGGACAUGCGAGGUGCUGACACGCGAUGCACUGAAACGCGAUGAGGUCCCGACGUGGACCCAGCAUGGCGUGCAUGCCACUGACAUUUUUGAAGAGGACAGACGGGACGCAAGGGAACAGGAGAUGGGGAGUAGACCCUUGCAAGAUAUUCCUGUACAGUACAGUGCUGCAAGGUCUCGUAUGGAGGAGGAGGAGCGUUCCACCGACCCAGUGCUGUCUGCGCACUGCGAGGCCGCUGGCUUGGAGCUCGCGGUUCGGACCUGGUGGCGUGGUGCGCCCGGUCGAAGAACGCAGCGAGAGGAUGCAUGGCUUCAGAAGAAUGCAGCAGGCGGAGUGCAGGCCGGGGCGCACCAGCGACUCAUGCGCUGCGGGAUUCCUGAGAGUGUCCUGCGAAGCGGCGUGCAGCUGGGCCAGGCGCUCGCCAAGGACGCGGGCGUCUCCAAGAACUGGCGACAGGUGGUGGAGAAUGCCUCCACGUGCGACAGCACUAGGAGGAUUCCGAGCACCCCAACGGUGGCCAGCCCUCAGGGCAGCCCCAAUGGUCAACCGAAAAGUGCGAGGGACGUGGUGAGGAAGUUCCAAGUCAAGCUCAUGCAGGAAGUGAGCCAGAAUUUCGACCUACGCCUGCCCAAGUCCACUGCUGGGGGUCUGCAGUUGUCGCCGAGGAGGAAGCGACCAGAAGUCGAACCCUCCCUGGCGAGUGCGCGUGGAAACGAGGCAGAUGAGUCGUUCAGAUAUGCACGUGAAGCAGACCAAGCAGAUUACAGGUUGGCAAGCCCGCCGGUCCGGCCCAGCAGCGAAGAUGCUGGGCGGCAGGACCCGCGAAGCAAGGGUUACGGCCGGGCCAUGAUCGUCCUACCCACGCUGCGCAUGAACGAGGUGAAGGACGGAGAAUCGGAGCGACCUGCGAGCAAGGGCUCGCAGCCAGUUCUCAGAGCUGGAUCCAAGGACAGCGCCCCCAGCAGGAGCGGGAGCAAGGGCCCCCGAAGUCGUCAACGGAUGCUGGACUUUUCGGUGGAUGCUCGGGAUGUGGCAGAAAGAGACGUUCCCAAGGCCUUUACGGCUUCGGAAGAUAUCCGCCAAAUACUGCGCCCUCCCUCGUCGACAGACCGUGCUUCCUCUCCGGGAGAUUCGGAGGGCGGCUCUCCGCGCCGCACCAGAAUCAAACUGCAGGACAUUUUCGUGGAGACCUCGAGCAAGCUGUUGGCUGGGGGAGACUUUCCCCAUCGUUCCAUGGAACAUGGACUCGAACCGCCAGGUUCCCGCUCGGUUUCUCUGCGACCUGGCAGUUCGCAAUCUGAGACUGUGCCGACGUCCCCGCGCGCCUUCUCCAAAGGUGGUCCAAAGCGCGCCCUCACCACGAGCCGAUUCGACGAGUGGUCGAAGAAGCAGGAGGUGAAGAAGACGGAGCAGGCGAAAGAGUACGAAGAGGAAUGUCGCAAGAUGGAGAGGGCUACGGAGUCAAUCCAAGCUCUGAAGACAAGCACUUUGCUGAAUGACAAGAAUGUGGCGGCCGAAGUGAUGCACAAGAAGGCCGUACACGACCUCAACGAUAUUCGCCGCAUCUUCUCCCACUUCGACCAGGAUGGCUCCGGCUAUAUCGAGCCGCCAGAAUUCAUCCCAUUGCUUGCCAAGCUCCUCCGCCGGCCGGCGGAGGACCUCGAUCGAGGAGAAGUCUGGGCGGUCUGGGACCAGGUUGACGCCGACGGCAGUGGCAGCAUUGACUUUGAUGAGUUCCAGAAGUGGUAUGCAGAGCUUAUGGGAAUCGACAUUCUCGAUUACGGGCAAAAUUUCAUCCCAGAUGACAUUUCGGAAGACCAGAAGAUGGUCCGGAGCGUUGCCAAAAGUCUGGGCCGAACCAUCCUGGAAGUGGAGAAGCUGUAUGAUGAGUUCAGGAAACUCGAUGCAGACAGCUCCAACACCCUCGAGAGAGAUGAGUUCAAAGUCUUGAUUCAACGGCAUUUUGCACCAAAAGGUCCUGAAGUGCCCGAGCACGUCUUCAAGAUGUUCUGGAAGGAUUUCGACAAGGAUGGCAAGGGGUCUGUGACUUUCAUUGGAUUUGUUAAAUGGUACCUGAAGUUCAUGAAAGGCGACCAGGACCCAAUGCAGAUGUACUUUGCCUAUAUGUCUGCCAGCCGUUGA